UUAAUGUUUUGUUCCGAUUAAUUCGGUGCUACCCAAGCCAGCCGUAGUGAGUGAUGCACUUCUGGUCAUUUUCACAAAAAUAAAACACCCGUUGUCUUUUAUUAUGAAGAAAACCAUGAGGGUAGAAUUUGCGCUUUUAUUUUGUAAACAGGAAGUGAACCUCCCCUCGCUAACGUCAUAGCUCACUUUAAUCCGUCGUAACUCUGUUUUAAAUGACGCUAUAGCUCCGGUAACGUCGUGUUUUAAAGCUUUUUCGUGUGAGAAAGUAGCAGUUUAGGUCCCCGUUGUUCCGCCAGUUUAUCCAAAUAACGCUUGUUUGCCCUUUUGCUCCGCCGUGCUGGGAGAAGUGCAGACCAGCCCCACCUGUGGUGGUAAAUGGUUGAAUAAUGACAUUUAAGUUACUGUUUGCCUUAUUGUUUGUCAUUUCCACAUAUAGAAUUUAGCCUUUGCUCAGUCACCCUUGCAGCUUAUCCAGGUGUCAGAUUCUGUCACUUUUUUGACGGCUGAAAGGCUGAAAAACUGAUCUAGAGUGAUCCAACUUUACCUAUCCAUGACUUGUGUUGUUUUUUUGUGCCUUCCAGGAGCAACUAAAAGAGCCUUAACAUCAUGGAGGAAUUGGAUGAUGUUACUGUUUCAGUUCUAAAUGCUGCCAGCAUAGAUGAGGCCUUACUCCACACCCUCAGUCGGGAUGAUUUAAGAGACCUUUUUCCUGGGCCAGAGAACUUUCUCAGGAGGAAACAACUGUGGGCUCUUAUUAGCCAUGAGGAUGAGAAUGCCACUUUACCAGACAAAGCUGGCCCAGGUGAAACAGGAACUGUGUCAUCACUUCAAGGAUCACCUCCAGUAUCCCCCCACACAUCCACUCCUGUGUUGAAGAAAACCUUACAGCUUUCUAGUCCACCAGAAUAUGUUAUAUACACAGACACUGAGUUGGAACUGGCUCGUAAGCACCAUUUUGAGAUAGGUAGAGAGGGGGAAUCUGUAAUGUCUAAAGAGUUGAGAUGCAGGCUGGUGAGGAACACUGUUACCAGCAUGAUCUCAAUCUUAAGAGCAAGUCAACAAGGAGAGGAGCUCAGGUACCCCUCUAAGCAUGAGGUCACCGCAAUGGCUAAGAGACUAGUGGAGUAUUAUCCCAUGCUACAGGAUAAAGAUGAACCCAUCAAACAUAUGAGCAUGUACAGUUAUCUUCAGAAGAGAAUUCUGAAUGUGAAGUCCCCACAGAAGAGGAAGGGGCCCAGACCAGAGAGAAGCAGUUCAACCAAAAGACGUCACAUUGACUUCUCUCCAAGUGACCAGGGAGAAGAUUAUGAUGCAGACUCAAGUGGUGGAUCAACAAUUAUUUUGCCACCUAGGGGCAGUUCUGAAGACGACAGUUCAGCGGACAAAGAUAGUCCGGCAGCACAGGCCAGGCAUUACAAGACUCUGCAGGAGAUGUACAAAAAACCAAAACCCAACCAAGAUGCUGUCUGCCAGAUCCUUGACCUUGAGUUUCAAUCAAGAAGAGCCUUCAUUGACAGUUGCAUUCUGAAAGAAGAGGACAGACCAGCAAAGAUUUUCGAGGCAUAUCCAUGUUUCAAAGAGCUUCAUCAUGUGAUGGAUGAGCUGCGGCGGAUUCUGGCUAAGGACAACAGCAAGUUCAUCAAUGAAGUAAAGAAGAGAUGGGCCGACUUCUGCUCCAUGGUGCAGUUUUAUGGUGUUUGGAGGAAAGUGUUGAAGCCACCCAUGAGCCUGGGUGCAGUGGAAUCCAACAUUGCCUUGUUCAGGGCACUACCCACACUCUUCCCCUCACCGUCUGCGCCACCUAAGAAGAUGGGACAGGCCAGUGAGGCAUUGCUUCAUGUCCUUCAGCCAACAGAAGAGCCAGCCAUCUACCUCCAGAAGAGAACCCUCUUCAGCCCUGUUUUGGUCUUUGAUGGGUCCCGCUGUCUUCUGGCAAUUGGAAACACUCCUGUCACUACAUUUGCCAAAGAAGAACUUGGUGAAGGGUUGCUGUAUCUGAUGGGUUAUUACUAUACCCUGCAUCUCACCUAUCCUAAGUGUGUGGCGACCAUUCUCUCUGUCAUUCAGACAGAGGUCUUACAGGACAGUAUCCACGACCGAGACACCACAGGCUCGUACAAAAGAGUCAUGGCAGAGUGGAAUGCUUUCAUUAAGAAAUAGAGCUAUUCAGGCUGUUCAGCCAUGUUCUGUCUUAUGAGAUUGAGAUAUUUCAUUGUUAUCAAAGAUAAUGAGGUCAUAGCCUCUUACCUCUGGGUUUCAGAGGUUAAUUUUGCAAAUAUUAUGUUAUGAUUGUAAAUAUUGUAAGGAAUCUGCAAACACUUCAAAUAAAUGCUGUUAACAAUAUUCUCUGUGUAUGAUUUUAAAUGUAUUGAUUUAAGAUAAAAGCUAAUCAUAACUCUUGAAUUAAGAAGAAUCAGCUUGUUAAGUUGCUCUGGAUUUAUGUUUUUUUCACUCAAUUUGAGAAAGAAACAAAAGGUGAAAUAAGAAUUGAAAAGCUAGUUUUGAGAUUAUUUGACUUGCAUACAGUACUUGGAAUGAGUGUUUCACCACUUAUUUUAAGAUAUUUCUCACUUGCCUAAUAUGUAUUUAUUUUUUCUUAUUUUAAGAAAUCUUACCAAGUGUGAUUAUCUUACUGCACUGGCAGAUUAUUUAGCUUAUAUCUGCUCAAACCAAGUAUUUAUUUCUUAUAUUAAGCCUAUUAAUUUUUGCAGUGUAUAGUUAAUAUAGGAUGUGGAUUUUAUCUGUUGGUGGUGUGACUUUUUUCUAUAGGAAACUCACGUGUAGAGAAUGAUACAAAUAAAAGUAAAAUUUCAUUCAACAUGUGCGUG